CCAGCUGACUAGAGAAUGUAGCGCUACAUAUACUUUCCUUUCGUGUUUACUUGUAUGUGGUUGUGAGCCUGAGCCAGAACCAGACCAACAAGACAACCUCAGUGUUCCUUCACCUCGUCUCGACACCAGACUUUGAAAUGGCCAGACAGAGGCGAGUAAACAAAGCUCCCUUCUCCCACCACCAUCACCACCAUCACCACCACCAUGACCUCUCCCAGUUGGAUGAUGCACAGGGGUCAUAUUAUAAUCCUAAGGAGGGCAGCAGCACCACCAACAGUAGACGACACCAGCAGCGCCGCCGCCAGUGGUGCCCUACUGUACUGUACAUGGCUUGUGCUGCCUUGGUGGUGAUAGCAGUAAUCUACUUCCUCUAUGUUGGCUACGUGGAAACCAGAAUAAACACCCCCAUUGCUGCCCCCAAGGUGGUGACAAAGUCUGGUCUGGAGGUGCCUGAGAGGUACUGGGGCACUUAUCGACCUGGAGUGUAUUUUGGCACCAGAACAAGGCACCCAACAUCACUCCUGACUGGCCUUAUGUGGUUUGUUCCGGGCCACUUCCAGAACAAUGUUUUGGCACUCAGGCACUGGUGUGAUCAGGCAGAUGAGCUUAGCCGUUAUGGUUGGCUGUUACACGAUGGGCGUGAUUUUGGUAUGCAGAGCUUAGAAGACAAGCAUGUCACCCUUCAGACUAUGUUUGUAAAGCAGCAAGGAGGACAGCAUGGUGGGGAGUGGUCAGCAAGGAUCAAUGUACUACCUAAGAGCAAGAAGCAAAUAGGAAGUGAAGCAUCAAUCAUUUAUUAUGUGGUACUUGAUCCAGAAGAUGAAGAUGCUUGGCUCCAAGGGGAGAUUGGCAGCCAGCAUUCCCUUGGAGCAGUGAGGGGUUUUUCAACCAGUGUUGGGGGCUUCCAUCUCUCUGUCAACAACCACAGUGGCACCAUUACCCACCAACAUGCGCUCCUCACCAAGCACCUGGGAUUGAGUCAGCUGAAGGAGACAGUGAUGAGGGGUCUGAGGGUGUUUCAGGGACAGACUGAAAAACACAUUGGCCUGGCUGGUGAGAUGUUUGAUCAUCAAGACCUGGACCGAAAACCAAAUUUUGUAGCUUUGCAGGUCAGUGGUCGAGUGCCAUUCUCUGUGGAUGUGGUGUACGAGAGCAACAGUGCAUCACAAGAGCGACAGCAGAAGCUUGUGGGUGAGGUGCUCACAACAGAACUCCAAGAACAUGAAGAAAAAUUCCACAAAGACUUUGAAGCUAAAUUCUCCCUCGAGAGCAAAGGCUUCACUCAGGAGGAAAUUAGCUUUGCCAAGGCAGCUCUAAGCAACAUGCUGGGAGGGAUUGGCUACUUUUAUGGAGCAUCACGUGUCACAGGACAGUACAACAAGGAACCGGUCCCUUACUGGCGGGCGCCUUUGUACACUGCCAUUCCGUCUCGAAGCUUCUUUCCACGUGGCUUUCUUUGGGACGAGGGCUUCCACAACCUGCUCAUUUCAAAGUGGGACCGUGAGAUCUCCCAAGACAUCCUUGCUCACUGGCUGGAUCUGAUGAACUGGGAUGGGUGGAUUCCCCGAGAGCAGAUCCUUGGAACAGAAGCAAGGGCAAGAGUGCCAGAUGAGUUUGUGGUGCAGGAUGGGAGAAAUGCCAAUCCUCCAACUCUCCUUCUGACACUUCACUCCAUGUUGGCAGAGUUCAAAGAGGAUCUUUCUGAUGAUGAUUACCACUACUUGACCCGCUUGUGGCCACGCCUCCGUGCCUGGUACUCCUGGUUCAACACUACACAGAUUGGAGAGCUGCCAGGCACGUAUCGCUGGAGAGGUCGCAAUCCAGAUGCUGUCAGGGAACUCAACCCCAAAACUCUGACAUCGGGUCUGGAUGACUAUCCCAGAGCCUCUCACCCAACACGGGAGGAGCGACACCUUGACCUCCGCUGCUGGAUGACCCUCGCGUCCGGCUUGAUGGCUGACCUUGCUCGUUUGGUAGAAAAGGAUCCCAUAAGAUUUCAGGAGUCAUACAGAUUCCUCUCAGACAGCUCAUGGCUAGAUGCACUACACUGGUCCUAUGCGGCUAAUGGCUACAUGGACUACGGCCUCCACACUGACCAGGUUGAGCUGCGUCGGGCGACCCCCAACGCAGAAUAUCAAAGGGUAACACUAGAGCCACCACAAUAUCGUCAUGUUGAUGCCUUUGGGUAUGUGAGUUUCUUCCCACUUUUCCUUCAGAUUAUUGAUCCUCACUCCCCAAAGCUGGGUCAAGUUCUUCAGGACCUUCACCGAACUGACCUUCUGUGGACUCCGUACGGCCUGCGGUCUUUGGCACCAAAUGCACCACUCUACAAUCGCCGUAACACGCCACACGACCCUCCUUAUUGGCGGGGACCAAUCUGGAUAAACAUGAACUAUCUGGCAGUGCGAGCUCUCCAUCACUAUUCCAACAAGGAUGGUCCACACCGUGACCUGGCCAGGCAGCUCUAUCUUGAACUGCGGAAAAAUGUGAUCAACAAUGUGAAGAAACAAUACAUGAGUAGUGGAUACUUGUGGGAGAACUAUAAUGACCGCACAGGACGAGGACAGGGGUGUCGGCCCUUCACUGGCUGGACCUCCCUUGUUGUGCUGAUGAUGGGGGAGACUUACUGACUCAUGAGAGGAAAGAAAGGGAACUAGACACCAUUUGCUAAAGUGAAUGAGGUAACUCCUGCUGGCCAGGAGUUAAUAUGAAUAGAAAAAUUUACCUCCCUAAUAUGUAAUUGUGUAUAAACCAGCAUAAAUUUGGAAAGAAAAUAAAUUUCAUGAGUUACUUUCCGUGAAGAUGAAAUCAUAAUUCUAAAAUCCAAAUACCUCAAAUAAUCAAUGAAAACCUUUUCUCUUCUAGAUACAUGAUGUAACUUGUAUUUAUAACAUGACAACAUGGAGGCAUGGAGACACAUCUGAACUACUUUGGGUGUGCUUUAAUCAGACCACACGUUGUUGUAGGUGUACCUGAAUGGCUUCUGGUGAGAAGGGAGCCAAAUCUCCAGGGUUGAUUGAUCACAAGUAACUGCAUCCUCCUUUAUUGCAUGGUUUUAGGUCUUCCUAUGAAAGACCUAGGGCCAUAACCUCACUUUGAUAUCCAUUCGACCAGAUGUGCCAACCUGUCUAAUGCAGUUUUUUCAGGAACAUUAAUAUCUGUGAUCAAGGUCAAUAAUUUACAAAAAAUGAAAAGUUUGCAUUCAUUUACACACCAGACUGAGAUCCCCGUGACAGUAGGUAGCUGAGACAAGAAUCCAUGUCUUGUCUCAUUUGUGGGAGUAAAAAUAUGGAAGAGGUGGUUUUCUAGUCCCCUCACUCCACUCUUUUUGUCAUUUUUGACUACUCGUAUGUGCAGGGAAUACAGUGGCAGUAUUUUUCUAUCUGACUGCAGUGUUCAAGCAGGUCAUCCCUUCUACCACAAAGGUAUAAAGUCUCCAUGCACAUUCAAGCACUCCAGUUUCAGUAUUGUCCUGCUUUUAAGUUUAGUAGGCAGUGUGCUGAAUUUUUAAAAUUAUGUAUCACAUUUCUUUUGCAUUGUCUUGGAUUCCUGCAUGAAAAUGUUAAGAAUUGUUAAAUAAAUAAAGGUUUUGCAAAAUGUU